AUGGCUACUUCAUCUCCCCGCCAGCUCUACUACGACGGCCAGGUGCGUGCUGCGUCCUCCGGCAAGACUUUCCAAACGGUCAACCCAGCCACCGCGACGCCCAUCGCCGACAUCCAGUCGCGCAUUCCCUUCAUGGUCCCAAACCCCCCCCCAAUCGCUCGUGCACGCAUCCUCCAAAAAGCCGCUUUAAUCCUCCGGCAGCGGAAUGACGAGAUUGCCCGCGUGGAGACCCUCGAUUGCGGCAAAGCUUUCACCGAGACCAGCACUGUGGAUGUGGUGACUGGAGCCGAUGUGUUAGAAUACUACGCGAACUUCAUUGGCGGUGGCGGACUCAAUGGUGAGACGACACAGCUCCGCGAGGAUGCCUGGGUCUACACCAAGAAGGCCCCGCUCGGUGUUUGUGCUGGUAUUGGAGCUUGGAACUACCCUAUCCAAAUUGCUCUCUGGAAAUCGGCUGCGUGUCUGGCAGCUGGCAACACCAUGGUCUACAAGCCUAGCGAAUACACUCCUCUCCAUGCCCAAACGCUCGCCGAGAUCUACACCGAAGCUGGCCUUCCUGCUGGUGUGUUCAAUGUGGUUCAUGGUGCUGGAGAUGUUGGUGCUUAUCUGACAAGCCACCCAGCUGUCGCCAAGGUCUCGUUCACUGGGCAGGUCGCAACGGGCCAAAAGGUGGCGGGUGCUGCAUCUGGCAAUAUGAAGUACGUGACUAUGGAGUUGGGUGGCAAGAGCCCAUUGAUCAUCUGCCCGGAUGCCGACCUCGAGAACGCGGUCGAUGGUGCCAUGAUGGCCAACUUCUACAGCACUGGCCAAGUCUGUACAAAUGGAACCCGUGUCUUCGUUCCGCGGUCCAUGAAGGCGGCUUUCGAAAAGCGCCUGCUCGAGAAGAUCCCUUACGUGCGCGCCGGCCCGCUAUUUGAUGAACAGACAAAUUUCGGGCCAUUGAGCUCAGCCGUGCACUACGAAAAAGUCAUCUCCUACAUUCGUCAUGGUAUUCAGACCGACCGUGCGACUCUCCUCUGCGGUGGUCCUGAGAAGCCGGAUGUGCCCCAGGACCUGCAGGCCGGCUUCUGGGUUAAGCCAACCAUUUUCACCGACUGCACAGACUCGAUGCGGAUUGUAAAGGAGGAGAUCUUCGGCCCGGUGAUGUCCAUUCUAUACUAUGACACUGUCGAAGAGGCCGUGAAGCGUGCGAACGCUACCGAACUCGGUCUUGCAGCCGGUGUAUUCACCAAGGAUCUCAACCAGGCCCACCGUGUCAUUGACCAGCUCCAAGCCGGCAUUACUUGGAUCAAUACUUGGGGUGAAAGCCCGGCUGAGAUGGCUGUGGGUGGCUGGAAGAAGAGUGGUCUGGGCGUUGAGAACGGUCGCCGUGGCAUUGAGGCCUGGGUGCAGAACAAGAGCACUUUGGUUGACAUGAGCGGUGCUGUUGUGACCGUCUUUGCCAAGCUGUAA